AUGGGAAUAUUUUGUAGUUAUGUUGAUGAAUGUGGAUUUUGUGAAGUUGAUGGUAUUUGUAGAAAUCAAUGUUUUGAUGAUCUAACAAGUUGUUCUCAAAAGAGAACUUUAUGUGGUACCUGUGUAGUAGCAGAUAGAGAUUGUGGUGAUGGUGAUGCAUGUACACUUGAUUAUUGUACAGAAGGAACUUGUUGUGAACACGCUUAUAUUGCCGGUUGUAGAUGUGAUGAAAGUAAUUGUAACACUACUGAUUUAUGUUUCCCAAAACAAUGUGAUGAAAAUUCUGAACACUCUACAACGAAUUUUGUAGAGUGUCCAGUAACUGAUGACUGUCUAUAUCCAUAUUGUGAAGGUGGUGGAUGUCUAUGUGUAGAAAUAACUACAACUACAACCACCUCUAUUAUAACAAGUGAGGCCACAACUACAUCAAUUCCAACAACUUCAACAAUAACUUCAUUACCAACAACUACAACUUCUGCAACUACAUCAACAACACUCAAUCCAACAACAAUUUCAACAUUUUCACCAACAACAAUUUCAACAAUGUCAACAACCACAACAAUGCCAACAACAUCACCAUCUACUACUUCAACAACAUUUAUUCCAACAACCACAACUGACCUAACAACCGUAAGCCAUACCACUGAAUUAUCAACUAUCUAUUCAUCUACAAUUGGAGCAACAUCAAGUACCACAACAACUGGCUCAACUUUACCACCAAGACCAAUGGCAGUUUGUUAUGAAAAUAUUGAUUGUCCUCCACAUUAUUGUUGUUAUCAAAUAUCAAGACAUAGUUACACUUUUAUUUCCAAAUAUUUUGAAGACCAAUGUUCCCCUGAUCGUUUGAAAAUAUUUUAA